CGCAAUUACUUUCUCUGGGCUCACCACGGUUAACUUUUCGCGGUGUGCAUUAUGGCCAAGUCGAGACCCCAGUCCAAACAUUCCCGUGCUGCCCGCCGGGCAGCUUCUCCCAGUCUCGAUCUCGACAAGUCGUUGGUCUCCGUCCCUCGGGUGGAGGAGACUGUGCAACGUGAAUCCAUUCUAGCCGAUCGAGCAAAUGCUGGUGUCUCGAAGAAGAAGGCCAAGUCGAAGCCUCUGAGCAAAGUGCAGCGUGCGAGACAGCAGAAAGGAAUAGAGAGAGCAGAGGCUGUCAUGGAUCAGCUCGAGAACAAAGUCAAUCGAAGUGCCAAUCGUGCCAAGGUCGUCAAAGCUCGCAGGGGCGAAUGGGAGGACCUGAACCGCAAGGCGUCUAAGACAGCAUUCCAAGCCCUCAACGACGAGGCCGAUGACCUCGACGCCAUGGUGGAUGACUCUGCUGCCCCCACAAAGAAAAGCAAGCCUGUUGCGCAACCGAUCUUUGCCGCUCAGAAUCCGGUUGUCGCCCAACACGCCGACAAUGACGAGGAUGAGGAGAUCACCUGAAUCAAUUCCGCAGAAGAAAAGUUUUGGGUUGCACCAAAUCUUUAUUUCCUGGGCCUCAGCUGGUUGAUCAUCCGGUCGAUCUCGGCGGCGGCUGGUCCGGACGCCCGUGUCUGCAGGAGCUCAAGGGCAUUCACAUUCUUUGCUCGGAAGGCUUCCUCGCCUGCUUUGGCAAUCAUCCCACAUUUCACCCACAUUUCCACUUUUUCCUCUGCGGGCAGGUUGGUGCAUUUGGGGACAAACACCGAAGCGAGCUUCGUGUUCCCCGCUC